CGCGUGCUUAAUCGCUACUGUCUAUUUUAGCCAACAAUAUCUCGGCCGUCAAACUCCAUUCCCUUCCUCCUAUAUAAACAACUCGGAUCGAAGCCCAUUCAAUCGGUUUUGCGAGUUAUUUUCACCGUGAAAUUUGUCGUGAUAAUUCCAGAGAGCUCUGAAUCAAUUAAAACUGAAAUUUCGUAAACUGCAUCGAUUUGUGCCAAGAUAGACUAAAGAAUCAAUUCGAAAAUAAGUAACGGAACACAAGAAAAGAAAGGAGAUGAACGAACAACAAGCAGCUUCGAUGGUGAAUCAGCAGCAGCAACCACACAUGUGUAUGAGUCAGGGUCAGAUGAUGAAUAUGAACGUCCGUCAGCAGAUGCAGCAGCCUCCUAUGAUGAAUCGGAAGUUUGGAGUAUGGCCACAGCCGCCACCAGUUCUGGAUCAGUCUCAGAUGCAGUUUAACCUAAAUGCUAUGAACCAUCAGGGAUUUGUGACUGGGAAGCAACAGAAGCCAUUGGGGGUUAGGAACACUUGGAAGGGGAAAAAAGUGGUUAAGAAUGACAACCGAAUGGAUGGAGGGAGAAGGAAGGAGAAAUCUAUGAUGGUUAUUGGUGGUGGUGGAAAUAGAGUGGGAGGUGGUGCUGUGAAUGGAGGACCUGUUGGAACUGCAUCUGCUCCUGGGGGUUAUCAGCCUCCUACUCUUAAUGAACUUCAAUGGCAGAAUCGGAUUAAAGCUAGGAAAUUUUUUCACAAAAAGAAGAUUCACAAUUACAACAAUUACAACAACAACAACAAUAAUAACAAUAACAGUGGGAACAAUAGGAAGGCUCCCUUUGCUCCGAGGAAUACAACAUCUUUCCUAAUCCGGGCAAAGAAGAGUGGGGGUAUUGCUUCAUUGGUUUCACCUUGUCCUGUGACUCCAGCAGUGUUGCCAACACCUAUCCUCUCUCCAUCAAGGGAGGUCUUGGUGGAUAUGGCAAAAGAGGAGUGGGGAGUGGAUGGGUAUGGAUCAAUGAAGGGUUUGAUCAGACUGAGGUCUCCUGGUCAGGAGAUAGAUGAUGAUGAUGAUCAGGGAGAAGGAGGGUCGAGUGAGAGUGAUGUUGAGGAACAUGUGGAAGUGGAAAGGAGGUUGGAUCAUGACUUGAGCCGGUUUGAGAUGAUUUAUCCAAACUGGAUAGGAGAAGGGCAAUCCACCGUAAGGCCGCCAUUUUUUGAUGGAACGAAUUACUCCUAUUGGAAGGAGCGUAUGAGAAUUUUUGUUCAAUCUAAUAACUUCAAUAUUUGGCUUGCUAUCAAGAAUGGAGAUAGCUUGCCAAUGAAGAAGAUAGGCGAUACUCUCAUCCCGAAGGACGAGGAUGAAUAUGAUGAAGCCGAUCUUAAGAAGGCUCAAUUGAAUGCCACCGCCAUCAACUUCUUGUAUUGUGCUGUCAAUGCCAACGAUUAUCAAAAGAUAUCUCGUUGCCAAACCACCAACCAAAUGUGGAACAAGCUCAUGAUCACAUACGAAGGUACGCCUCAAGUUCGUGAAUCGAAAAUUGAUUUACUAACCCAUGAAUAUGAGUUAUUUGCUAUGAAAGAGAACGAACUUGUGGAGGACAUGUUUGGAAGAUUUUCAAACAUCGUCAAUGACCUUGAUAUGCUUGGAAAGACGCUCACCGACAAAGAGUUAGUGAGAAAAAUUCUGCGAAGUCUUACCAAGGAAUGGGAGUCGAAGGUUAACUCCAUUUACGAAGGCCGAGAUUACAACGUCAUCACAUACGACGGUCUUCGAGGUAACCUUAUCACUUACGAAACAAAUCAUCUUUCUCAUACUCUUGACGUUAAGAAGAGAACAAGAAUUGCUUUUAAAGCAUCUUCUUCUCAAAAAGUAGAGAUUGGUGAUUCGGAUUCAGAUAGUGAUAGUGAUAGUGAUUCUAGCACUUCCUGUGAUAUUUUGGUUGAAUGUUUUAAUGAGUUUUUGAAACAUGAGCUAAACAAGAGCAAGAGGAAAAACACUCCAAAAUGUCACAAGUGCGGAAAGCUUGGCCACCGAAAAUUUGAGUGCCCGAAGCUCAAGAAGAUGAGCAAACAAGAUGAAUUCGCGUAUUUUUCAUGGAAGUAUGAUCAACCUUCCAAAGACGAUUGCCUCAUCGCUCUUGAAGAACAACAUGGGUGGUCGGGUACGUGACGCACUUAAAAGUCUUCCAAAGAUGCUAUUUAUAGCUGAAUUGGGUAAUCUAUCCGUUGAAUCAAAAUAAACUAUCCGU